AUGGCAGAUUCCGAGAGUCCAGCUGCUGGAAACCACGACCAUGAUAGUGGCGGCGAACAAAGUCCACGUGGCUCUUCUUCCGCUGCGCGUGAGCAAGAUCGUUUCUUGCCUAUUGCUAACAUUAGCAGGAUCAUGAAAAAGGCUUUGCCUUCCAAUGGAAAGAUUGCUAAGGAUGCUAAAGAUACAAUGCAGGAAUGUGUUUCCGAAUUCAUCAGUUUUAUUACCAGCGAGGCGAGUGAGAAAUGUCAGAAAGAGAAGAGAAAGACCAUUAAUGGAGACGAUUUGUUAUGGGCUAUGGCUACUUUAGGAUUUGAAGACUAUAUAGAACCGCUUAAGGUCUACCUAGCAAGAUACAGAGAGUUAGAGGGUGACAGUAAAGGGACAACUGUUAGAGGUUGUGAUGGAUCUGGUAGACGAGAUCAAGUUAGCCCUGGAGGACAAAAUUCGCAGCUUGUUCAUCAGGGUUCUAUGAACUAUAUGGGUUCCCAGGUUCAUCCACAACAUCUUGUUUUGCCUUCCAUGCAAAACCAUGAAUAG